AAGAAGCUUUCGCUGCGGUCUAUUUCUCCUACUCGCGACACGCUCAGAAACAGAAGCGAGCACAUGAGUUGUUGCACAGAGAUCUUUCUAUUGUAAACAAAAACAAAGCCGCAGCGAUGUUCUGUUUUAAACGUGCCAAUGUUUGUGUAGUUUUUUCUCGCCCGUUUCUACAUGCAAUGUAACUUUAUUCGGAUACUAACCAUAUCUAAUCUUGUCGCGAGCUGCAUGCGCAACGCUAGCGCUGAACCUCCAGGAGGUCCUAAAAGGACACAGCAUGCCGUGCCGGAACAACAGGUCUCGAACAGCAACAGCGGCGAUUUCGCUGCGCCAGCGGGGCCUUCUUUCGCGCAUCCGCCAGCAGUUGCUGACGGCAAUCCGCUGCUCGCCAUACAGCGAGAGGUGUGGGGCAUGCUCAGCGAGCAGGAGAAGAAUGAAUGCCGCGCCCUUCCCGAAGACCGGAAGAAAAAAAUGCUGGAAAAGAAGUACCGCGAUCUCGUCAUGGCAGGCAAGAUGCCGUCCCCUGCACAAUACAAAGCCGCGGCAGCCGCGUCCAAGCAGCCAUCGGGCGGCACGCAGGCUGUCGGAAGGCGUGGGGAGCAAUCUAUUAGUGUAGCGGCCACGCCGGUCGUGGUCCUUGCAAAUCAAUCAGGGUCAGGGACGUUGAACAGAUAUAAUAUGCCUAGUAGCAGCAUGAAUACCGCCACCACCGCCACGGUACCGGUAGUUGGUGUACUACCAGAGCCAGCGUCGCUUGCCGCAGCGUCUGGAGGGACCCCGUUGGCUGUAUCCUCAGCGUCAUCCUUUGGGCAGCAGGUUGCGCAGCAAGAAAGUGCACUUCUGCGGCAGCAACAAAUGCAGCACCGAGCACCAUCCCAGCAGCCGGCUAUUCAUUCCCACGCACCACUCGGAUUUGUUGGUACUGCGGCGUCAUCUUCCUCUUCGUCCGUCCGGCCGGGCCGCCCAGCGCACCUUGGGGUGCACGCAGAGGAGCAGGCAGCGAAAGUGCGUCGGCUUUCCAGUGCCAGGGCUCCGGGCGACGCUAGUGCUCGAGCGGCUGCAGAAACACACGGCAUCUUGCGACAUCACGCUCCACAACCAUUUGCCUUACAAGAUCCGCGGAAAAACUCGAACCUGCAUCCAUCGCGUCUGCAGAAUGCCGGUAAUAUGCGGCUACAACGAGGAGCGUUUUUGAAUGGAAUAUCGCACAACUUGGGUGCUGCCGGAGGCCAUUUACUAGUGUCUACUUCUGCCAUCGGUUUGGCCGCUAGAUCGCCUUACGAACCCUGGGUAGCUGAAGAGUUUUUAGUCAGACACGAAGAAAGAGUCAAACGGCAGAAGCAUUUCGUUCAGGAGGAGCCUCGCCGGCCGAUCUCGAAAAGCCAGCUACUUCUCGCCGACGCCGAGCGCGUUGGGGUGGCGGGAUCGCACGCGGGCGAGGCUGUUGCAUAUGACACCUCUUGUCUCACCGACAUGCGGCAGAAACAGCUGCGGGGCAUCCUGCCUGGGGAAUCCUUUGACGAAGAUGCGGCGCUCGAGGUCCUCGUUUUUCUCGCGCAGUCUGUCGCAACUCUGCUCGAGGACAUUCGGAUUGCGGCCAUGCACUCCUCCCGAAACUACCUCUCCGUACUUGUGCUUACUAGUGUUGCUUUUAUUACCGCAUAACAAUAACUCAAUAUCAAGUUGACCAUCGCUCAUGAUCAUCAUCUUCAUUGAGCCCUCACUUGUCAUUCAAUUGACGUACUGUCAUGUUGGGCAAGGGUGGUCUAGUUGUAGUUCCCACGCAUCUCUUCAGAAGCUUUUUACUUGUUCUCAAGGUCUUUGUCUAGCAGAACAAGAUCGACGUCGGCCACCUGAAACUUUUGAAUUCCUUGCUUUCGGCGCCAUGUUUUGUUUCGCGACUCGAUCUCGAAAUAAAAAUUGCGGCUGGCAUUGGGGCUUUGAAUUUUUUAAGUGCUUUGUGGAUACCGUCUGCAGGCGAGCACUCUUCCGCAAGGGUGUGCGAUACCUUUGGUAGACAAGAGCCCUAGUGUUGGCCCUGUCUCGAGUCAUCUUCAGAAGACCCAGAGGAGAAUCGUUACGCGGACACGGUCGCUUGUCUUGGACUCUUUUGGAGGCUUACUUGGACGAUUCCGGAUCUUCAAAAAUUGCUGUGAAUCUCGUCGCUUCGCCCUGAUCUCGUCGUUAGUUCAAAAUCUUCGGCAUGUUCUUAUAUUUCUCUCAGAUUGUCGUGUUUGUGCUUGUGGCGAUGUCUCGAAUUAUCUGCGACGACAACGACUGGCCAGCUGGAGGAAAUGGACGGUCGUGCGCCGACCUUCUGAAGAAUGAUGCUCAGUAGAUAGAACCUUUUGGUGAGGAAGAGUGUUUCAGGCUCUUUGUUCGGCUGGCUUGUUAUGAGCACUUUUUUGGAAACUCAUUUGCAUUUCCAGUAGCAGGGCUCGCUGUUCGUCUUCUGCAAUGAAUUUCUGACCUUGUCUCUAGUAAGACUCAACAACCAGCGCGAGCUGCCAGCGCCCGCGGCCUAAGGUGGCAAACAGACGCUCUACAUUUUUACCGAGCGAAAAAGAAGAACGGGCGGCGUUAUGAUUGGAGCCUGAAGAGGCGCCCGCUCUUGGCCGCAGAGCAGCAGGCAUGCUAGCCCAACUAGCGUGCCUUCGGUUUCAGUGGGAGGAAGCAACGACCCAGCUCGCCUAGCCAAUGUCAAUGGCCACUGUAAGUGUAAGAGCAAGAAAGCAAACAAUUGCAUCUUUGCGAGGGAGACAGAGGUAGACGCUCUAUUCCGAGCCGGCGACGCCGGUGCGUCUUUGUGAAGUACACUGCGCAGCAUCACCAAGAAACAAAGACUAGGGCGAGAAGCAGAAGGACUACCCACGAGUCCACUACUUUUUUUUGCCGCCGCGGCCGCGUCGAGCGCUUUGCUUUCUUUUGCCUAGCGCGACGCAGUCUUAUGCCACACUUACAGCUUUGAAAGAAUCUGUAUAUCAUGACUUCUGUUGUAGUUGCUGUGGCUGAGGCUCCGCAUCGAAGAUGAGGACUGGACUGUGCGUUCAUAUUCUCCCACUGGGCUACAUACUUUGCUAAGUACAUCACAAGCCAGACGUACUAGACGACCCCCACUCCACUACAUAGUAUGAAUAUAUUUGUCCCGUGGUAGUGUUACUGGUACCGUGUACAGUACAUGAUCUCCGAGGAGCCAGUGUGAUGUUUUUCAGUUUACCCGCGCUUCCAUGCAUGCACCCUAGGUAGCGGAUUUUGACUUCGCGUGCCGGUACAUCCAUUGCGGAGAGCCGCCCACACGAGUGCCGAAACUGUUGGGAUCCACCCCGCUUCUAGGCAGCACUGUUUCUGCUCCAGCGGUUAUCCUGAGUCAAGAGUGAAACUCUCCAACACAAAUCAAUGUCAAUCACUUUUGGGAGUCGAUGCAUGUUGUCAAAGUUGGGCCCAACUCAACAACAGCUUUACAAUUUCCUAGCGUGGCCGCGUCACAAAUUUACUUUUUAAGCCUGCUUUCAAAAUUGCGAUGGCCCGAACGCAACUGAAACACGCCCCCCCCAUGGGGACCGUGUAAGCCGUUUUCCGCGUAUCCCAGAUUAGCAAGUAGCGAAGUGGAAGUUCACAGAUUUGCAUGACAGGUUUGGUACCGUGAAGAUCGUAGUAGCCUCCACGCCUUGGUGUUGAUCACGUUCUGCAAGUCUUGCGAUUUGACAGAUUUCACACCCAUCCAGGAUCGGAAGAGCGAGGGGGAUCUUCGAGCCAAAAAACGAAAAGGUCCCCGAAGCACUUCCGUGAGUAAGACAAGGUCAUAGAUUUGCAUGUCAAGUCUACUUGUGAGGUGAGUACGCUUUUGAACAGGAUGGCGCUGCCACGCGGCCGCCCGAUGAAGCACGAGAAGAGGCUGCUGACGCUUAUGGUCUGCUCCGCUGCGACAACCUCAUCUUUGAAGAUGUUAUGUGGAGCCCAUCAAAUGUAUCUUUUGGGUGCAAACGCAAUUGCAAAAGAUAGUACCCGGUGAAGCAUGGCAGAUUCGGGGUUGUGUGUAGUUUUAAUUUCAUUGGUCAUUUUUUACAUCUAUUCUAAACUAGCAACGCCAGCUUCGCCUGUAAGUAGGCAUUAGUAGAAGCGCAAAUGUCAGUUAGCAAGUUCUAGACAACAAAGCAAAAAGAAAGAAGCGCCGGCCCCAAAAGCGCAGGCGCGCGCAAUCCGAACGUCGCGGCGCCGGCUCACCCAGCGAGGUCGUCCACGCUCCGGCGCGCCCAAUCUGGUCGCCCCGGGCCCGGCGCGCCCAGAUUGGUCCUUCCGGCCCCGGCGCGCCCAAGCUGGCAGUCCCGGCGCCGGCGCGCCCAAGCUGGUAGUCCCGGCGCCGGCGCUCCCAAUCUGGUCGUCCUGGCUCCGGCGCGCCCAAUCUGGUCGCCCCGGCUCUCGCGCGCCGAAUCUAGUCGUCGCUCGGGCUGCGGCGUGCGUAGAUUGGUCACCACGCGCGGCUACUGUGCGCCCAGCCUCAUAGCCGUGCCUGCGGCGUACUUAGAUUGGCCGCCGCGGCUACAGUUCGCCCAGCGUCCUCGUGGUCGCCCCGGCCCCGGCGUUCGCAGCCUGUUCGCCCAAACUCCGGCGAUCCCGCUGCCGGCGAUCUGUUGCCACGCUCCCAUAGAAAAAGGGGGCCGCGCUGCCCCGCGUGCCCCCGGAGUGAGAGCAAGAUACGGCCGCGGGCAGGCGGCCACUUCACUAGAAUCAGAAAAAAAAUAGAAGACGCGUCGCCACUCAUUCUUUCACCGCCCGGGGCCCCUCUGCAUUACGGCCCAGGGGCUCUGCACAUCCGGCGUUGCCGGCUGCUUCCCUUCGUGUAACAUUGGCGUGCGCAAAAGAUCCCCCGCUCUGCCGUCUUCUUUUCGGAUGAGGCCCCCGGGUUACGCGUAAAAGCCGGGCGACACCUUGCCGCGUUCUCCUUGUUCGAAGUCGCCGACAGCCGCCGGGUCGUCGUGGGGGCGUGCUCUUUCUGGUCAGGAGGACUGUAAAGAUCGAGGCGUGCUUUCUAGUCAAGGCGUGGAUAUUGCUGACCAAGCGCGUGGAGGCGGCCUCCUUCGCGGGCGGGAUGGUCAGGGACUAUAUUUUUUCUUUUGCUUUUACUUGCCCUGGCCUCCGUGUAACGAGCUUAACGCUAGGAACUCGCACCGCGUAGCUAACUCUUCCUGGUGUAACAAGACCGCCCCACCACGCAAGCUCAUAGCUAGGGAGCGGGGCGGGGGAAGUUUGGGGGGGGGGCGGGCCCCCCUGCGUUCCGCCUAGCGGGUGGGAGGGUGCGAAGCGGGGGGCCCUGCGUUACCGCAGGGGCGGGUGGGGCCCUCUCCUUCACCAAGGGGAGGGCGGGGGGCCCCCUGCGUUCGUGGCCUGCGCCCGCAAGGACGUGGGGUGGUGGCCCCCUGCUUUCCUUUUAGCGAUUGGGAGGAUGCGAAGCGGGGGCGCGCUGCCUUCCCAAGCGGGCGACCGACCGAACGGCGCGGGGCCCCCCGGCGGCUGGAGGAGAAGGGCCGGCGGGAGGAAUUUGGGGGGCGGGGGCCCCCUGUGUUCUUUGGCGCGGCGGAGAGGGCGCGAAGCUGGGGCCCCCUGCGCUACCACGGACGGGGAUUGUUGGGGGCCCCCUGCCUCGCCAUGGAAAGGGGAGUGGCGGGGGGGGGGCCGUGUGUUUGUCCGCGGCCUUUUGCGGCAGGGCUUGCUUGGGGAUGGGGGCCGCCUUCGUUUCCCCUAGCUAGCGGGCGGAGGGGCGAGAAGCGGGGGCCCCCUGCCUUCUCUAGCGGGCGAUGGACGGACCGACAGGGCUCGGGGCGCCAUUUUGGCGGGGGGGAUGGCAGUGGUGGGGGCCUGGUGUGGAAACAAAGGAAGCAAGGUCGGGGGGUGGAGGCCAGCGGCGGGCCGGCCAGAUGUCGACCAGCUUGGCGGCCGGGUCCGAACGAAGGAAGGAAGGCGGGGCGGGCCGGCGGGGGGCCCGAGUUGGUUCGCUAGCCCCCCGCCUUCAGACGGCGUGGCGCAUACAAAAGCCCCCGCCCCCCUCAUGCCGCCGCGAUUAAAAGCGUCGGCCGGCCUUUUUUUUUCGCAAUGGGCUUCGUUGGCGCCCCCCUUCUUCGCCCCCCUUGCGGCCCCCCGGGCCGGAUUGGCCCGGGCUCCGGUCCGAGGCCUGCCUGGCGCCGGCCGGUUAGUUUCUUUCGAGUGGACACUUCAACUUCGCUGGCCACCUAAUGCGGCGGGCCCAUUCCAGCGACAAAGGGAGCCCGGCGCGCCCGCCCUGCCGGGCGCCAAGAAAACUAACAGACCCCGAGGAAGGGGCCCCGGCCUUCUGGUAUGUAGUGAGGUCACGAGCGUUCUAAUCUAGCGAUCUUUUUGACGUGUCUUAUCCAAAACGACCGGCAGUUUUCAAGUGGCCGGAGGUGUUUUUGAGCAUAAAAGAUUUCCAUUUAUCAAGCGGCCGGGGCUUUGUUGUCAAAAAAGCCCGAGCCAAUUCUAUCGAUUCACGCUUGAUAAAACGACGCAGCGGAGCCGGCAAAAGGGGCGCCCUUCUGAGGCGCCCGCCCCAUCUGUUUCCGUCGAUUUGGGGCGCCCAAAAAGGGACGCCCAAAAAGCAGCACUCCGAAAAAAACAGCGAAUCCGCAUAGUAUGGGCCUCAUUUUGGCCCACAUUCGGGCCUCGCAAAAGACGCGACCAAAAUCCGCCAUUUCAGAGGCGGACUGAAGGCCAGAAGAUGCGGCAUUUUGCCAAAAAAAAAAACAAAAAAACAAAGUCCGCCAAAAGAAAAAAGCCAAUCCGCAUGCUAUGGGCCCGAUUUGUGGCUCCAAAGGGUCCGUCCCUGGCGCGGGCCCUGGCGGGGCCAUAGCAUGCGGGGAAGGUUUUUCGAUUCGAAACCAAAUGGAGGCCAGCUCUGGAGAGAGAUUUUUAGCGACCGCCGUGCCGUCAUGCAUAACAUUACUCACGAUGGCAUGGUGGGCACGCAGAGAAGUUGCGUCUUUUUUGGCGUGAAGACAAAAAGACCGCCAUGACCUCACUACCUCCGCGGGCGCGGCUAUUAUUGGUAUUGGGCACACAAUGGGCAGAGGCAAACUAGCCCGCGCAGCUUGGUAAGCUUUUUGCUUCUUUGCGUGAAUGCAGCAAAAGGCCGCGAAAGGGCGGGCGCGCGCCCGGGCAUGCCGCCCCUGCCGUUUUCUGCAUUGCCCGCCUUGCCAUCUCUGUGCGUUGUUUCCUCCCUCUUUGCCCGUGCUCUUAAUUUCCGAAGCGGCCGGGCGGCCCCUUCCCCCGCCUUCAUAUUACCUCGCGCCCCCUUUGCAUGCCCCAACCAAGCGCACGCCCAGCGCUCUGCGCUCCUGCUGGAAUGCAAGGGCGGGCGGGGGCCAGCGAUUUCAGUUCGGGUGGCAACUGGCCGCCCGGAGUGAAGCCUGCCGUGGCCGCGCGGUCCCGGGGGCCCUUCAAUAGAGAGGCCCGCCGCCCUUUCUUGGUAUUGCCUUAGUUAUUUUUGUGGCCGCGCCCUUUUUUUUCCCGCAGCGCGGUUGUUAGCAGAGGCAUUCUGGCGACCCUACCUCGGGGCGGGCGUAUUGGGGGAGGGGGGCAGUUGGGGGCAGGAAAUUAUGGGGCAGGAUAGUUGCAGGAUGCGAAGUUGCAGGAUGCGAAGCUGCAGCGUGCGACGUUGCAGGAUGCGAAGUUGCAGGGUGCGAAGUUGCAGGAUGCGAAGUUGCGGGAUGCGAAGUUGCGGGGUGCGAAGUUGCAGGCUGCGAAGUGGCGGGGUGCGAAGUUGCAGGAUGCGAAGCAGCAGGAUGCGAAGUUGCAGGCUGCGAAGUUGCCGGCUGCGCAGUUGCAGGAUGCGAAGUUGCAGGAUGCGAAGUUGCAGGAUGCGAAGUUGCAGGGUGCGAAGCUGCAGGCUGCGAAGUUGCAGGAUGCGAAUUUGCAGGCUGCGAAGUUGCAGGCUGCGAAGUUGCAGGCUGUGAAGCUGAAGGGUGCGAAGUUGCAGGAUGCGAAGUUGCAGGAUGCGAAGCUGCAGGAUGCGAAGCGGCAGGAUGCGAAGUUGCAGGCUGCGAAGUUGCAGGAUUUUCGCAAGAGGCCGCGGCCCCGGAGUUGGUUGGGGUCACGGAUUUGGUUGGGGUCGCGGAGUUGGUUGGGGUCGCGGGGUUGGUUGGGGUCGCGGAGUUGGUUGGGGUCGCGGAGUUGGUUGGUGUCGUGGAGUUGGUUGAGUGUUGCGAGUUGGUUGAGGUGUUUUGUUUUUUUUUUUGUGCUGUUAACAUUUAGAGCAUCCACAUCUACAUCCGAAGCAGCUUUAUCUAUGAGUGAUGUGCGUCGGUUGGCUGCUAGCGGAAAUAAGCAAAGGCAUAGCGGUCCACCUGCUCGACACUGGAGACCUAGGCUUUUAAACCUUGCAGGGCUACUCGUCGGGUGGGUUUAUUUUUGCACCGCGACCAAUGUCGAAGCUUGGGCCGCGGGGGGAGUAUGGUCUCAGAGCAGUCCCGACGUUUCUCGUUUCGUGCUGCCUCCCAAGCGGUGCUUCGUCCCAAAAUCACAUUGAAACAGAUGGAGGAAAGGCGGCGCGCGGCUUUCGCCACGUGCUACCCUUCCUCGCGCCAACCCGGGACGAGGAUACCUGCAGGGUGGGGCUGCUGAUGUUCAGCCACGUCAACCUGCAUCGGACAAGGUGGGGCCUGCUGCGCCAGCAGGCUCAGCGGUACCACGUAGGUAAGCGCCUCAGUAUGUCUGAACCACCUAGAAGACCAGCCUAGUUUAUCGGCUGUUCACAGGCAACCAGCGACCGUCCUAGCUAACACAUGUUGAGGCGAGGCGCGGCCGGGUGUGUAGGUAUGCCUUUGCAGGCUUAGGGAAUGCCCAAGAUCUCCCAUGCCGCCCCCUAUCGGUGUGAUUCUUUGUAUGCGACCAUGGAAGGCCACGGCAUACAGCGUGGCACUGGAAUAAAUACGCAUGACCCGACGACUGCAGGUCCGCAGGGGUAGUAGAUCAGAGCACUUCACUAAAAAAGCCAAAGCUCGCCAGGGGCGAGGGCAAAGAAAAAAGCUACCACCUAAAAAAACCACAGACGCCGCGGCGAAGCGGGUAGGUAGCUCCCUGUCCUCGGUGUAGAUUUAGGCUUCAUAGAACAGCACUGCAGCGCGGGAGAGUCUGCAUGUCCUAAAGAGUUAAAGUGUAAUCGGCAUGGGUUUAGGGUUUUUACAUAUGUAGUGGCGUCGGUAGAAACUAAUUUACAGAUCGCGAUCUUGUAGAAACUUGCAUAUAGCUCGGGGCUUAGGGAAGUAGCCGUACGCGCCGAGCCUAUUUCAGCCUCUGUCUACAACCUCCGCCUCGUUUUCUUCGCUUUAAUUCCAAAAAAUACAGGACUGGCAUCACAAAGCCACGCAGUUCCCCCGGCUACAGUGAUCUACUCAGACGUCAAGUUUGAUUUUGCAUUGCUUGCGUCGCGAAUUAUAAUUGGCCAAGCAUGAGGAUGAGGAGAAAUGGAAUUUGUAAUCAUGCUGGUUUAUAUAUGAUCCUUAUGUUGCACUUGCAGUACUUAGAAGUACAAAUGCGGUACCGAUACUGGUGUUGCCCAUGAUAGAUCAUUGUCGCAGCUGAGCAGGCCAUAUCGCGAGCCGCGGCGACGAGAAGGAUAAGCAGAUGGACUUCGCAGCGUUUGCUGGACUACCACCAGACGAAGGCAGCUGUUCGUAUUCUGAUGCAAAACGUUCACAACUAUUGCAGCAGCGACGAAACAGGCGAGGAAGCGCUGCGCUUACUGCUUCGAAACGCAGAGUCGGUACUUAAUCCCAUCCAUCAAUAGUACUAAGGCCGUUUUCCGUGCUGCUUUUCGACCAGAAAGACCAGCUCGAGAUGAUUCGUUUAAGUUUAUCUUAGUGUUAGUGCGACGUGCUGUGUCUAGUACGCCUAUUAUGCAGGAAUGCAGCACUGCUUCCAGUUCCAAUAUAUAAGUCAUAUCAAUUUCGCAGAAGGGGGCUCAUCGAUAAUGCGCGCGCGCAGAACGCGCACCCGUAAUAUAGUAACGCGCGCCGGGCGGGGCUGCUGGCGGCUAGGGGUGGGGCGGGGCACAGGGUUCGCAGCCAGCGGCGGGGCUGAUGGCGGCGUGGUUUCGGGGUGGGGCGCGAUGGUGGCGGCUGGGCUGGGCUGUAGUACAGGCAUGUGGAUGCGGUUGGAUCAAUCAUGCGGCUCAACACGAGCAGCGAGAGGAGGCAAAUGCGACGAACAGAAAGGCUGUUGGCAGGUCGUUGCUCUACGGUUUACGACUCGGAGGAAGCUUGAUAAGUAGCUGUGGACUCACAAAAAAACGCCACUUUCGGCGUGUCGGGAUUAGACGAGACCACGAGGAAGGUCUUGCUCUUAACAACAAAGCCACUCAUGGUCUAUUUGUCGAAAUUGGCCGAGAUCCGGAGGAGCCUGCGAACUUUGUCACAAAAAAAGGCCAGUAUUGACGACCACGACCCGGAGGAAGGGAGAAAGCAGUUCUCCUCUAUACGAAAAAGGCCGCGCGCCGUUUCCUUCAUUCGGCCACGACCCAGAGGCGGGCCAGGGCGUUGCUCUUUCCUUACGCAGGUGGCCGCGUUUCGUUUUCUUGGUUUGGCACUGAGGCAUUCAGCGGCUUGCCUGUGGCCCAGAAGAGGGCCCGAGUGUUGUUUUCGCAUCACAAAACCAGGCCCACCUCUUUUGUCUGAAUUCCGCAGCAAUAUCCUGCGGCGCCGUUUUUUUUUCCUUUUUGUAUUUUUAUGGCUCAGAAAAAAGCACGAAAGCCAAAGUCUAGCCUUUUUCUUUUAUCGCAGUGGCCACGUUUGAAAAAAAAAAAAACGCAAGGGAAUGACCGAAGCAGGCGACUUGAUUUGUUAUGGGGGAGGGGGGCGCACUCUGUUGCUGCAUCCGAAGCCGCGGAGCUUUAGAGUUUUACUUUUGUGAAGGCUCCCAACGUCUUGGCUGCGCUUUGGUUUUGCGCAAAAACUCGUGGCUAUCACAGUGACGCAGGUGGGGAAGCGACGCGACAGGUUUCCUCUGCGAACAAGUCUCGGCGCAUCUGCUUCGCGGUGCGUGCGUGGCUGUCUUUCUGUACGAAGGCGAUUACACGACGGGGGGGGCGGUUGGGGGUGUCUGUUUGUUUUUUCUAGCACGGACCGCGUCCGCACUCUUUAUCAAUCUAGUAAGGUCAGCUCUCUGUCUCUGGCCGGAGGUCUCCCGUCUUCACCUAUCAUUAAUGGUUAGGAAAUAUGAGCACAGCGCGAGCUCGCACAAAAAUGACGCUUGCGCUCUAAGUUCACUGCUGGAUGCCGUCACGGUUCGAAUCGAUAAAGGUCCUUCUUUCCCAGCAUGGAGUGAUGCAUCUAUGGUCGUUGGUGUUGCUAGGUUGACAACGCACGACCAAAACAGAAAAAACUAAUUCCAGGUCUUUUACAUGCCUGAGUUCGAGCACUUCGCUGACCUCUUUGUCCAGGACAUCGUGCUUCCCUACCUGCUAUUGACUGCAAAUGUUUUGAGUCUGGCAAUUGAGUUGUUAUCUUUGUUUUAUAUCGUAGCGAGCAGUGCACAUGUCACGGGUAAGCCUAAAAUUUAACAGCAUCAGCUUUGCCAGAUAUUAUUUGUCUGUGGCCCUGUUGCCUAAUACGCAUGACAUGGUCGGUUUUUGCAUGAUAAACAAUUCUUUGGAGCGCUGCGGAAGCAUGCAUUCAUAGAUCAUGUUUAUGUCAGUGCGGGAGUAUUUGUAUUAUCCAGACCAGGAGAUAUUUGCAGUGCAUACCUGUGCCGGCGCCGCAUGGUUUCGGUCGGAGUGCGGUGGCAGAUGGCCGGCCUCUUAACCACACUGCUGGCCCGGUUUCCGCAGGUUCGUGACGAAGCUGUCGGCGGGCUAUUGUCUUUCAUCGACUGCGCAGCAGAAGAUCGAAAGGCGUAUUCUAGCGGGCACGCCGCGCCCGCGCCGAGCUUGCAUUGGGACGAGCAGGAUACUGAAGGACGAAAGGUUCGCAGACGGCUGGAGCAUCGCCGUGUCAACGGAAAGGCAGCCUUGCUGUCGCUUAGUAGAAGCGAAAACCAGUUGCCCGUCGUUAGCAAAGAUGUUGACUCAGAGCAAGACGAGGAUCAUGGCGCAGUUGACCAUAUAGGCACGGACGACGAAGAGCUUGACGAUUCUGACUCAGAUGGUCUAUCAGCAGAUGGCGAUGAGGAAAAUCUAUCCCUCCGAGACGAAGCCGGGCAAGCCACGACAACUAUCACGGCAAUGAAUAUUGAAGUCGACAGCGGCGCUAACCCAAUUGCCGAUUUCUUGCCAGGUCCCAUUUCCGGAAGCGCCACUGUCAAGACGCUCGAGGAGGAAGCGGAGGAGGCUAUCCUCACAUUCGGCAACAUGAACAUCAUGACGGUGCAAGUAUCCAGAUGAAAAUUGCCCCGGCCCCCAAAGACAGACAAGGCGAGUGAUUUGCUUUGCAAAGAAUAAGAAGUUUUCACAUCUUGGAGAGUUCUUGCGCAAUGGGACUCUGACGCAUUUUGCUUCAGACCCCAAGCCAGUUGGUUGCGCAGCUCUAUUAAUGUGAUAGAUAUCGCCUCUGGUGCGGUGCCGAUGUUCACGAGCACGACUGCAGAACUACGCUGUUCUGGGUCUGGAGCGUGCGCUGCUUAGUGCUUGUACGUAUUUGACAUGAGUGAAGCCUUAGAGUGCGAAUAUUCCUCGCAUCAUAGAGAAGCUUUGCUGGCCCUGUGCCAUCCGGGCUUCGGUCAUGUGCUCCCGCGUUGCGUAGACCUUCAAACCCUGGACUGCAAUUGCGCCCUCUGAUAAGCAAUACUACAGCCACAUCGAGGAGUGCGCUCUUCGGGGGAGGGGUUCGGGUUUGGGCGCCCGAGGUACUGGCGGCGCGAAGUCUGUCUAGCUGCAAUGCAAUCAAUAUCCCGGUCCGUGGUGGGGCUAGUUUUCACAUUGAUAGAUGAAAGGCCGAGAUGAUCCUGCGGGCGACCUCGACGACAGCCUAGACGAGGAACUGGGACAGGUGGAAGUCGACAAGGAGGAUUUACUGUUUUUCGGUAGUAGCGACGAGCAGGUUCAGGGUGCUAUGUGGGGCCUGAUUCUCUGCGGAGUGGCGGUGGAGCGCCUCGCGGGCGUGCCGUGUUUAGCCGGAGAGGUCGAGUCCUGCAAUCAUUUACUUCGAACUGUGCACAGAAGAUCGCACUCUCAAUAUGAAUAUGUUGCAAGGAAAGCUGCUGAAUCGUCUGACUACGAUACUCUUAGCCUCAUGAUCCUGUAG